GGGGUCCUUCUACGUCACACAACAAGCGACCACAGCAGGUUAGCCUUUAGCUAGCAUCCAUGCUGUCUCUUCUAGCGGUUACGGCGAAUUGACAGGAGAUUUGGAGGAUGAAUUGAUGUUGUCGGCGCUGAAACAAACGUAGCUUCGGUCCUCUGGAGAGUUUUUCAGUGAGUUUAAGAGUCGAAGCUGAUAUUUUUUGGAGGAACAUGUGGAGCUCCGGCCGCCGUGUCCUUCAGGACCUGCUCAGCCUGUCUUCUGUCAGGAGCUUCUCUCUGAGUCCUGCUCAGAACACAGUUGUGGUGGAGCGAUGGUGGCAGGUGCCUUUGUCCAAAGUCGGCAGCCCUCCGAGGCUUUACGCUCGAAGGCACAAAAUCUACAAGCUGGUCGAAGACACCAAAAACGCUCCAAAGGAGAGGAUGGAGCUCAUCCUGACUCAGAAUGUUCCCAAGCUCGGCGGGCGAGGAGACACCGUGUUCGUGAGGAAGUCUGUCGGCAGAAACAAGCUGCUGCCUGAAGGCCUCGCAGUCUAUCCAUCACCGGAGAACAAAGCGUUGUUUGCUGAGGAGUUGAGGCUUUUCCAUGAUGGCAAACUAGAGGACAGAGUCCAAACCCGCACCGGGCAAAUGACGGUGGAUUUCCUCAAACGCUCCAAGCUGAAGAUUCAUCAAAUGCCCUCUGAAGAAUUCCAGGUUAACAAAGAAAUCGUCUGCAGACAGUUGGUCAAGAAGCUGGGCGUGGUCGUGCCGCCUCAUGCACUGAAGCUUCCAUUUGAGUCGGUGAAGGAAGUGGGUGAAUACUGGUGUGAAAUUACGGUUAAUGGAAUGGACACAGUUCGUGUCCCCAUAUCGCUGGUGCCGUAUGAAGACUUCUCUGCGAGCCAUCAGAAAAUGUUGAAAGAACAAAGGCAGCGGCAGACAGAUGUUACAGAAGCUGCUGAUGAGGAGGGCGUUAUUUUAAAGGCUGAAGCAGCAGCAGAGAGUGAAGCUGCUAAAGAGACUGCUGCUGAGGAAACUGUAGGAACGACACAAGAACCACCAGCAACACCGAGUGAAGACCCGAAAACCAAGUAAAGGACUUUAAAUGAGCGUAUUUGUAGAACCACAGAGGAUAUUGUUGCCUGUAAUACACGUACAAACAUCACAAAGAUUGUGAGUUUUAUGGAGGACAAAUGUAACAACUGAAUCCCUGUAAUGUUGGUUGUGAGUGCAUCAUUAAAAUGUAAUACGCAAGAAUA